AUGCCAGCAAUACGAAGAUUUCAACAUUUGGAAAGGCGGUUGACGAAGGACUCCGAACUGAAGAAGCAGUACUGUGAAUUCAUGCAAGAAUAUCUAGAUCUGGAACAUAUGAAGCUCAUCGGCUCAGUGGACGGUUUGCGGGAAGAGCAAAAACCAGUUUGUUACCUUCCUCAUCAUCCAGUUUUCAAGGAAUCAAGCUCAACAACAAAGGUGCGAGUCGUGUUCGAUGGUUCAGCAAAAACUUCUACGAAUUUUUCUCUCAAUGAUGCGCUUCUUACUAGACCGGUAAUACAGGAUGAUUUGCUAGAUCUAAUGAUACGCUUCCGCAAACACGCUGUCGCUUUGGUUGCCGACAUAGAAAAGAUGUAUCGGCAAACACGCGUACAUUCAGAAGAUACACCAUUGCAGAGAAUUGUCUGGCGUUUCAACCCAUCAGAGCCGAUUCAGGUUUAUGAGCUUCUCACUGUCACCUACGGGCUUUCUCCAUCGUCGUUCCUGGCAACACGAGUGCUUAAGCAAUUGGCUUUGAACAGUGCGAGAAACCAAAAAUCAGUAUCUGUUGCAGUAGCGGAAGAUUUUUAUAUGGACGAUUUUCUAUCGGGAGCGGAAUCUAUUGAAGAUGCUAAGCGAUUGCGAUUCGGUGUUCAAACACUCAUGGCGGAAGCAGGACUACAGCUUCGAAAAUGGAACUCAAAUAUCUCAGAAACUUUGGAAAUUGCCCCGGAAGGACCCACCAUUCUACAUUUUGAAAAGGAACCGAAGGUGAUAACACUAGGAGUUGCCUGGGAGACUGGACCAGAUAAGUUUUGCUUCGACGUUCGCGAUAUCAAACAUGGCGAGCAAUGGACAAAGCGAAAGAUAUUUUCGGCGAUAGCUCAGUUAUACGAUCCUCUUGGACUUGUGUCACCUGUUAUAGCUUGGGCUAAGAUUAACAUGCAGCAGCUUUGGUUAUCUUCCGUUGGUUGGGAUGACCCAGUUACCGUUACUGUAAACGCUUGA